AUGUCCAAAGACGUGUUUGCGGAUUUGCUGAAAACCUCUGCCAAAUCCAGGCCCGCCGCCAACAGGACGCCCUUGGCCCAGCAGCAGCCGCCGCCCGCGCCGGCUCAGGCCGCUCUCGACGUCGACUGGCUCGACCAGCUGUCCUCCCGCGCCAGCCCCAGCAGCACUCCCCAGCAGCAGUCUUCCGACGACUUCGAAAAGCUGUUCGACGUCUUCAAGGCGCCGCCCGGCGACCCGCAACCGGCCGCCGCCGACAGUCCGGCCCCUGCGCCAGAAUCCGCCCGCACACCUCCCAGGUCACCCACCCCGCCACCGACCACGUACGCCCAGCUCGUGGAGAUGGGCUUUUCCGAGCAGCAGGCCGCGGACGCCGUCCGCAACACAGACACGUUCGACGCGGCGAUUUCGUAUCUGCUCGACGCCGCGCACCAGCACAGCCAGCCGGCCCGUCGCGACGCCGCGGCGCCAGAGGACCUGGGCGCCCUGGUGAACGAUCUCUCGGCCGAGUUCAUGUCCAAGGCGUCGUUCUUGCUCAAUACGGGCAGAAAAAAGCUGAAGCAGGGCAUUGAGAUGUACCGGCAGCACGAGCGCAGGAACGAGCCGGCGUGGAUGCGCGGCCAGGACAGGUACAAAAAGGAGGACUUUUCAGAGGAGCAGGAGAUCGAGAGGGUGAAACAGCUGGAGGAGGAAUGGAAUCGACGCAAGAGGGACACCCGCGAGGAAAGCAGGCCGUCGGGCACACCGUCGGUCCAGCAGCUGACGCCGUCUCCGACCGGCUCUGCGCCAGCCGCGGCCCCUGCUCCGCUGCUCGACUUCGGCGACGAGCCGGCUGCCAUCUCAGACAGCCCGUCAGACCCCACCCCGCCACCGGUACCACCGCAGUUCCAGACCCUCAGACAGCAGGGCAGCGACUACUUCGCCAAGGGCGACUUUACAAGCGCGCUCGAGACGUACCAGCGGGCGCUCGCACAGCUGCCCGAAAACCAUCCGUGCCGCAUCAUCGCCUACUCCAACCUGGCCAUCGUGUACUCGCGUCUCGGCGACGCCAAGAAGCAGCUGGAGUCCGCGGAGAACGGCAUGGCACAGGCCGCUAGCGCCUCUCGCGACACAAAAAUAGACGACAAGCCGGUGAAAAGCUAUUGGAUUAAGCUGGUGGCUAAGAAGGCAGAGGCCCUGGAGCAUCUCGAGAGAUUCAAAGAGGCGCUCGAGGCGUACAACCUGCUGAUCGAGAACGGAGAGUUCGCGAAACCGGUCAUGGACGGGAAAAGAAGAUGUCUGAACGUGCUGCAACCGCCUAGACCGGCCCGAAAACCGGCCAAGAGCUCGUCUCCCGCCACAGCGCCCUCCGAGACCGUCUCGCGCGUCCAGGAACACCACCGCAAGCAGGAAUCGCUCGAGGAGGAGAAGUUCGCGCUCCACGACAAGGUCGAACAGCAGCUGCAGAGCUGGAAGGCCGGCAAGGAGGACAACCUGCGCGCGCUGCUGGCAUCCUUGCACCAGAUCCUCUGGCCAGAGCUGGGCUGGAAAAGCGUCGGACUGACGGACCUCGUGCUCGACAAGAAGGUCAAGCUGGUGUACAUGAAGGCCGUGGCCAAGACGCACCCGGACAAGAUUGCGAGCGAGACGUCGACGGAGCGCAAACUGAUCGCGAACGGCGUCUUCAUCACCCUGAACCAGGCCUGGGACAGGUUUAAGGAGCAGAAUAAAUAG